AUGGGAAAAAGAAAGUAUAACGAUGAUACGAGGGAUUCGCCAAAAAGACUUAAAAAAGCAAAUGCUAAAGAAUGCAACGAAGAAAAUGAAGAAUUACACAGUGGGAAGACACUGUCUUUUGAUAUUAAACAUUUUCGGAAAGAAUUAGCAGAAAAACAGGGACAAAUCAUGGCCUUAACACAAUUUCUACAAGUUUGCCUGAAUCCAGAUAGUGAAAUAGACUAUUUAGCAGAGUACCUAAGAAUUGGUGGCAACUCUCAUGAAAUCUUACGACAAAUAACUGCAGAGAAUAGGAAAAAUUUGCCUUUGGCCACACCAGCAUUUCAUAUUUUCCACCUUAUUAUUCUAAAGGUUCAAUCAUCAAUGCCACAUAUGAUAGCAAUCACUGAAGAAGCAUCCCGUUAUUUUCUGAAUACCUUCAUUCCAACUAUUGAGAUCAUGAUUAGUGAAAAUUCAGGACCUAGACAUAGGAAAAUAAUAAUAAAUUUACUUACAUCUAUGGUAACGCUCAGUGCAGACUUAGGUGUUGAAGUUUUGAAUCAAGUACCCCUGACACCUAAACAUUUACAAUACAUAGUUGAAAAGCCAAAUUACAAAGAAAAAGACAAUGUGCGCACUGCAUUUGUACACUUUAUAACUUCUUUUCUUGUUGAAGGCAAUUUUCCACUAAUCAAAGCUUUAUUAGAGAAGCAAGGUCUUCUGCCCUUAGUUAUACCAGGACUGGUACAAGAUGAAUCGGAAGCCGUGAUCAUGUUCUUAAACAUAUUGAAAAAGAAUGUAAUAGAAAAUAAUUUGAUAUCAAAAACAUUAAAAUUAAAAACAUUCAAUCAUCAGGCUCUUCACAACUUAUUUAAGGUGUUCAAUUGGAAGGGUCCUCCAGAGUUAAGCAAUGAAGCAAGAAAUGAGGCGAGGCCUGACAUUUUAGCUUUGGUUUCCAAUAUCAUUUUAACUUUGUUCACAUCACACAAAGUUGGUCUAUAUUUUGUAGAUCCAUAUUUUGGUACUGGUGACACUAACAAGAAUCAACAUCUCUACAAAGCAGUACUUAGUUUAAAACGGCCAUGGGAGAAUAGUUAUGAGUGUGAUACUAUCUUGAACAUUAUUCUUAUGUGUCCAGAUUUACAUAGAGCAGUUAUUCAUGUGAUCGAAACAAGUUUUCAACCUCAACAUUCUCCUAUAUGGGAGAGAGCCACUGAGUUUACCAUUAAGCUCUUAGACAAAUUAAAAGCUGAAGAUAUGUUGCCAAGGCUGCUGAAACUAAAUACAAUGCAAACUGUUAAUUUUAUUAGAUUUGUAACCCUCCCUGUGCCUCUGUUGAAGCUUAUGCAUGCAAAUAUUGGAGCAGACAAAACAAUAUCCUUAUAUUGUGCUAAAGUAUUAGUGAAAAUGUUAUCAUCACUUAAGAAGUAUAUGUCUAUACUUGGUUUGGAAGAGUCAGAUGCAAUGCUGGUUGAAUUAAAAAGUAAACUGGAGUAUUUCCUUCCAAAGCAUGUGCCAGCACCGAGCGUGAUAGUUUCUCUUAUAGAUGAUGUAACCAGUGGAAAUAAGAUGACUGAAUCAUCUCAAGAUUAUAAACUUCCGGAGAUAGACACAAGUGACUCACUGCUCAUUUUGAUUGAACUAUUAUUGUUGUAUAAUACAACAUAUCCCUCAUGUUUUCAAUCCCUAGAGAGUGACAUUGAUAUGAAAGCUAUUCUGGAUUUUACCAAAACAAUAACCUCAGGACAGAUGUCACUUUUGAAAUUCAAAACAGUUUUACUUUGGCAAACUCUGGAUCAAUCUGUGCUUUCAUUGAAAAAUCCUCUGUUUAAAAGUUUAUUCCUUAUAAUGUUAGAAGUUUUUACAAGCGUGGAUGAUGAUACUUGGAUAGAAGCUAAGGACACAUUAUAUGAUUUUCUUAAAAAUACGGAAAUCUAUGAAACGGAUGAGGACGAAAUACAUCUGAUGUUGUACACCUUGAGGAAUGCUAAAGUAGAACCAAUAUCGUUAGUCGCAGACAUUGUAGAAUAUGUUUUACUUAAUAAAAAGGAACUAAUAGACUAUAUGCGCACCCAGAUGUCUAAUUUUGAGAUUAAAGAUGAAAGUAAUGAAUCCAAUUUAGAUCAAUUAUUUAAUGAUCUAAUGAAUAAUAAAAAUUCCGGUGAAAAUAUGUUUUUGGAGAAUAAAAUGCCGUCACCGUUUAUAGUUGGAUGCAUUCAGUAUAUUCAAGGAAAUAAGGAAGCAAAAAAGAGCCUAAAAAGCUUUCUGUCUUUAUAUAUCUCUCACUUAUUGCAUUCAAACUACUCACCAGAAUUAUCUGAGGUACUAAUUGGAGAUUCAAAAUUAGAUGUUAGAGGAUAUGUUACUGCUUCUAUGUCAAACCUGGUCACUUUAACAGGUACCCCAGUAGAAGAUGAUAUUCUUUUAAAAAUUUCAGACACAAUUAUAAAUAAUGCUGAUUUUGAAAAUAUAUUAACACCAAUAGAAGAUGGUUCUGAAGACAAAAACAAUAUAAUCAUAGACAACAAAUAUUACAAAAUAACAAUUAAAAAAUUUGUAGAUGGUUCCGAAUUGAUAAUAUGGUCUAAAUAUUUAAUGUUUUGCAUUGUCAGGCUAUCAGAAUUUGACCAGUUGACCGAAGAAAGAAGUAAGAAAAUUUUGGUACUUUUAAAUGUUAUUUUCAGUCUUGGAAAGAAGCUGCAUUUAAUAGGUAUAUACAGAAGUAUUGUGUUAAAUUUGUUUAAAAAUGCAAAUAUUUUAAAAAUUUAUAGAGCUAUUGAUACAAGCAAGAGUUCCUACAUAAUUGCAACUGAUUUGAUGCUCCAGAUUAUUACGCAGAACAAGGAAACUAUGUCUUAUUUAGAUAAAAAGCAUUUUCUACUUAAAUCUUAUCGAAUCAAAACAUAUAAUGAGCUAAUGAAAGCCUUUAUAAAGAUCAGUAAAAGAAAAAAUGUUAACUGUGAUCAUACAAUCAAGGUAUUAGAAACUGUUGGCCUGUCUAAAGAUGACGAUGUUAGAAUUUUAAAAAGUAUUCUGAGCACACAAGUAGAAUCGUGUAUGAGAGAUGACAAAGAACCUAGCCUUGUUUUAGAAGUAUUAAAAGUUAUAAUUGACAAAUAUUCUUCGACUGCAACACUGGAGCUACAUACAGAUAUCGUACAUCAAAUCAUAGAAUUAUAUUGCAACAUACUGACAUAUAAGGAUGUAACUGCAAAUUUGACUAACCUCGAGAUAUCACUUACUAACUACUUUGUCAACAAACCCCAUCAAGUGAUAUGCAUCAAGGAGGACCACUUUCGAAGGUUCUUCCAAGCUAAUACAUUAAGAAAGACAACAACAAAUUUGGCCGCAACAAUGCUAAAGUUAAACGCAAAGUUGUUUGCAGUAUUUGAAGAAGAAGCAAACAGACCAGAAAUAUUAAGUCAGCGUGAACUUACGUUGCCUCUCGGAAACGCAGUUUUAGAUCACAUCGACCAACUAAGCAGCGGUCAGGACUUCUUAGGGAAACUGUAUGAAGAAUACAAAACGAACAUACACAAGUAUUUAGAGAAACCUCACAAAGCUGGCCAAGUGUACGUAAACGGGUGGCGAUUGUUAAAAAAACUAAUAAUCGAAUUUAUGCCUGUAGCCGAUUGCCAAAAGCUAUUGUCAAAGAUACAUAAGUUUGAAAUUUUAGAUAGGAAUCACAUUAUACUGUUUCAAAAUGUUUUAUUCAAGAUAUAUGUAAACCGACAUGAGGAGAAGGUUGAGUAUUUCUGCAACUACAUUUCAUCUAUAAUGCAUCUGGUAUUAUCGUGCGUUAAAGAGGAAAAACUCGACAGUUUAGAAGAAGCAAUUUCUAUUACAUACAAGUCGAUGCAGAUCAUAAAGAUUAAAGAGUUAAAUGACACCAAAGGCGAUUACAAGAAAGUCAUAGAUAGCGCUACCUGGAAGAACUUUUGUAAGGUUAUUUUGAAAAACGCUUUGCGAAUUGAAACUGCGGAUGAAAAUAAUACCAUUGGUCCUAAAAUGUUGUGUCUUUUGACACUUUUAAUCGAAGUGCUAUAUAGUAAGGAUCACGAAGACAUUAUCGCUUUAUUCGACAUGGUGACAUCUCAUUCGGAAUUCCUAAACGUUAUGUUGAGCUACCACAGCUUAGAUAUGAAAGCGAGGCUGCUGCAGUUUCUUCUCUGUUUAAUAACAUUAAAUAACACUGUUAUGAAACCUCAACAAAUACCUGUAUUCUUGAGUGCGUACCACGCGACAACGAGCGCUAGUGAUAGAUUAAUUCUAUCAAUUUUGGAGUAUUACGAGUCCAGUGGAUUACCCGUGAACGAGUACAAGCCCUACAUAUGGGGAGACACAGCUGCCAACUACUAUGCUGUACGAAAGAAGCGUUCUGCGUCUCUUUGGAGCCAUCCUACGCCAAACCAAGUUCUGAAUUUGUUUGAUAGAGAAAUCGUUGAAAAAUCAAUCAGGAAUUUUCCCGUUAACCAAAAGCUGGACUAUCGUUUUGUUCUGCCUAGCUCUUGUGAGUCUCUUACGAGUGAAACGAUGAAAACCUUCAUGGAGGAGGCGCUUCAAGUGAAAAUGAAAGUUAGAAAGCGUCGGGAUAAUGAAUCCGCACUCGAAGAAAUACUUUCUCAUGAGAAACGGGAAGCAUUAUUAAAGAAAUAUAUAAAUGUCGAUAUGCUUACAACGUCACAUAGAGAUGAUGGUGGUGUGAUUUAUGACCCAGCAUUCAUUCUUCCUUUGUUAAGCCACUUGCUCGCUCCGGGUUCUAUGGCUUCGUGUUUCAAGGUCAUGAGAACGGGUCUUCUCUCAGUAACUGUGAUGGGACUGAGCUCCAAUUGCCCAAUGAUGCGGGCAGCUGCAUAUCACGUCUUGCAUCGGUACUGCUUACUUCUGGAAUUGGAGACGAGGCACAAAAAUGAUAAGUUGCUGCUAACAGACUUUAUCACUACGUUGAAACAAAGUUUGAGAUCAGCUGUAGUAGACCCCACAGAAGACGCUAUAUUUGGAGCUCUGAAGAACCCUAGACUACCGGUGGUCGGUGCCCUUUACCUAGCUUCAGCAUUGACCGUUUGUACGGCGCCGUCAGAUCCGAUGUACUCACCAGUCAACAAUUUCUUAAUAGCUAAACAAUUUGUAGACUUCACGGUAGUUCCCGAUUUCCUGAGUUUAUUCCACGAUAACGAAGUCGAAACCCUUGACAGGAGGCUUUGGAUUCUAGACAUAAUCGCUUGCGGCACCAGAUCUAUGACUGAUGUUAACGUGGUUUUUAAAACCAUGUGUCUGAAAAUGGUGAUGGACUUCUUUACGACAGUAUUGUGCGAUAGGAGGACUAAAGUCAGCAUUUUAAAUCUGAUGACUUCGUUAGUGGCGAUACCGAAAGCGUUCAAAAUUUUGGUAGAAGGUUAUAGUUUUCUAUCUUGGAUGCAUUCGAUUAUACGCUAUAUAGGUAAGGACGAUAAGACCGUUAUACAGACUACCCUCAAAUUGUUGCAAACGAUAGUAAUUAGUAUGAACGUGCCAAAUGUUCAGCACAAUAAAAUUAACGAUGCGAAAAGUAGAGUCAACGCGGAGCACGAUGUUUUGAGUGUUAUUUGCGAAUUGUUACAUAAUAUUGACGCGUUUGAUUCCGAUGAGGUCACGAUGUAUAUUAAACUUUAUAACUUAUUAAGUAAAAGCGCUAUUAAGUCCUUACAUAAGCGUCAAUUUGUAAACAUAAUUAGCAAAUCCAGUGAAAGCCUUAAAGAAAAAGACAGUGUACAGGUUAUAUUACAAGCGGCGAACGCGGGAAAUUCGCAAUUGUUAAAGAGUAACAUUAUUAAGAACGAUACAAAUUGUUUGGUGAGAGAGCUACAUAGGCUUACUGUGAGCCAUUUAGCUUAA